AUGGCACCUCCACCCAGUGAAUUGAUCGGUGCUGCUGGACGUCGCUAUCUCUUCAAGCAACUGAUUCAGGAGAGACCACAUCUCGGUCGCGUUUGGUUGGCAACAUCCGGACAAGGCAAAUUCGUCUUGAAGGACAUUCCCAAGGCCAUUUUCUCAAGCUUUAAUGAGGACAUACGCCCGCGGCUUCCUGAAAGUCCAUUUCUACGGCUACCCCAUGACACAAUUCCGGAUCAGCGAAUAUUCGUGUACAGGUACAUGAAUGAUGACUUUCUGAGUCUUGUUAGAAAGCAAAUAUCCAUGCAAGCCAGGAAGCAGAUCCUAAAAGCCAGCUUGCGAGGGAUUGCUGAGCUGCACAGCCAUGAUAUUGUCCAUUUAGAUAUCAAACCUGACAAUAUCAUGGUCAACUACCGCGGUACUGGUCCAGAGCCAAUUGUUGAGCAGGUUCAGAUCAUCGAUCUCGAAAAUGCAGCUUAUCUCCCUAAAGGGAGGUGCAUUAAAGGGAUGUUAGCUGGCAAUGAUAGCUGGCGCAGUCCAGAGGGCCACUUCAAGGGCGAGCUUAACAAGCCUUCUGACGUCUUUUCCUUCGCAGCCGUGGGUGCAUUCCCUCACGUCAUUCGCCUGCAACGUCAAGUUUCUUUUUUUGGAGAUCGAGAAGGAUUGAAUGGACUCAUGACACACGUUGGUGACGAGGAAGUCAACUGCCAGGUUCUGGGAUUUCUUUGGGAUGAUCGGGUGGCAGAUUAUCAUUCCUACAAGCCAUUCUCAGAGUGGCCGAGUGUCACCGACGACGAGUUCAAGGAUCUCAUCCGGAGAAUGACGAACUUGGAUCCUCAAAAGCGGGCAACAGCGCGCGAAGCGUUGGAGCACCCCUGGUUUGCUGGUUGUGAGAUUUAUUAA